UUGUUACAUAGAGCGGUGCGGUGCCGCUAGUGCAGCCCUGCCCUCUCUUACUCUCCUCUGUCACUUUCUUUUUCAUCUAUCACUGUGUGCGGUCGUAUCUCCGACCACUUUAUCCUCUUUAUCCACAAAAAUCACAAAAACACACAAAUCUUUCAAAAACAAAAACACAAACACAAGGUUUCCUACGUUUUGUUCGCUAGUUUUAGAAAAAAUUUACAGAAAAAAAAAAGGUGUGGAGGGCAGAGAUAUAUAGGUGAAUUAACGAGAUGGCCCAGGUGCAAGUGCAGUCUCAGCCUCCGGUUUCAAACGGCGCCGUCACCAACGGAGUGGGCCAGUUCGUGUCCACGUCUUUGUACGUCGGAGAUCUUGACCAGAACGUGACCGACUCGCAGCUCUACGACUUUUUCAGCCAAAUGGGCCAGGUGAUCUCGGUCCGGGUCUGCAGGGACCUGAGCACCCGGCGGUCACUGGGCUACGGUUAUGUCAAUUACAGCAACACCCAAGAAGCGGCACGGGCAUUGGAUGCUUUGAAUUUUACUCCUCUCAAUGGCAAGCCGAUUAGAAUUAUGUAUUCUUAUCGAGACCCUAGCAUUCGCAAAAGUGGGACAGGGAACAUAUUUAUUAAGAAUUUGGACAAGGCCAUUGACAACAAAGCACUGCAUGAGACAUUUUCAUCAUUCGGGAAUAUCUUAUCUUGCAAGAUAGCUACUGAUCAGUCGGCUCAGUCUAAAGGAUAUGGUUUUGUGCAAUUUGAUAAUGAGGAGUCUGCUAAAAAUGCGAUCGAAAAGCUGAACGGCAUGCUUUUGAAUGACAAACAAGUUUUUGUUGGACCCUUUCUUCGUAAGCACGAGAGAGAUUCUGCUACAGAUAAAAGCAAAUUCAACAAUGUGUAUGUAAAAAAUUUGUCAGAAUCAACCUCUGAUGAUGAUCUGAAGAAAUCUUUUGGUGAAUAUGGAACUAUUACCAGCGCUGUAGUUAUGAGAGAUGCAGAUGGAAAAUCUAAAUGUUUUGGAUUUGUCAACUUCGAGAACUCAGAUGAUGCUGCUCGAUCUGUUGAAGCUCUCAAUGGGAAGAAGUUUGAAGAUAAGGAGUGGUAUGUUGGGAAAGCCCAGAAAAAAUAUGAAAGAGAGCUUGAAUUGAAAGGGGGAGUAGAGCAAAAUUUGAAGGAGAAGGUUGACAAAUAUGAAGGACUGAAUUUAUAUGUUAAAAACCUGGAUGAUAGCCUCACUGAUGAUAAGCUAAGGGAAUUGUUCUCAGAAUUUGGUACAAUUACUUCAUGCAAGGUUAUGUGUGAUCCUAAUGGUAUGAGUAGAGGAUCGGGAUUUGUUGCCUUCUCAACUGCUGAAGAAGCAUCUCGAGCUCUCCUGGAGAUGAAUGGUAAAAUGGUUGUUAGCAAACCAUUGUAUGUUGCCCUUGCCCAACGUAAAGAAGAUAGAAAAGCAAAGUUGCAGGCACAGUUUUCACAAAUUCGUCCUGCUGCAGUGACACUUCCUGUUGCCCCUCGUAUGCCCUUGUAUCAGCCAGGUGCUCCUGGUCUUGGACAGCAACUAUUCUAUGGUCAAGGCCCUCCAGCUAUUAUACCUCCCCAACCUGGAUUUGGGUAUCAGCAGCAAUUAGUCCCUGGGAUGAGGCCAAACUUUUUUGUCCCGAUGGUCCAACCAGGUCAGCAGAACCAGCGUCCAGGCGGCAGGCGAUCAGGAGGAGGGAUGGGACAACAGAACCAGCAAGCACUCCCGCUAAUGCAGCCACAGAUGCUUCCUAGGGGACGUGCCUAUCGUUACCCUCCUGGUCGUAACAUGCCUGAUGUUUCCAUGACUGGUGUUCCUGGGGGUAUGCUCUCUAUUCCGUAUGACAUGGGUGGAAUGGCAUUUAGAGACGGUACAUUUUCACAAUCCAUGGGAACUGGUGCUUUGGCUACUGCACUUGCUAAUUCACUACCUGAUCAGCAGAGGACAUUGCUGGGUGAAAAUUUAUACCCACUUGUGGACCAGUUGGAGCAUGAAAAUGCAGCAAAGGUGACAGGCAUGCUCCUGGAGAUGGACCAGACUGAGGUUUUGCAUUUACUGGAAUCACCAGAGGCCUUAAAAGUGAAGGUUUCAGAGGCCAUGGAGGUUUUAAGGAAUGUCAAUCAGCAGCAGCAGCAGCAGCAGCAGCAGCAAGGCAAUACUCCGAAUGAUCAGAUGGCCGCACUGUCUCUUAGUGACAGCCUUGUUUCUUGAGUUUUGUAGGUGGGGUCUGGCCAUGAGUUAGCACUAUACUUUUUAAGCACUUGAUUUAAAAUUAAGCUGUUUUUUCUGUCUUUGAUUCUGUUAAAUACCGAGUUUUUUUUUUUUUUUUUUUUUUUUUAAAGAAUAAGACAGUUUGUUUUUAACUGAUGUUGAACCUACUGGUAUCGUGGCAUUAAAUGGUUUCCCGGGCACCUAUUAUAUUAUGAGUUUUGUAAUCAUUUUGCA